AUUGUCAGUGAGCACCCAGAAAGAUUUUUCGUGGUGGUGAAAUCAUUCGAGAAAAGAUCUUUAUGCAGUACCGAAAUGAAAUACCCUAUGCUUGCCAGGUGAAUGUUGUAAGCUACAAGGCUCGGCCCAAUGCAAAAGAUUUCAUACAAGUGGAGAUUGUUGUUGAAAAAAAUUCACAGAAGAUUAUACUUAUUGGAAGAGAGGGAAAGGCUUUGAAACUUCUUGCGACAGCUGCCCGUCUGGACAUUGAAGCCUUUCUGCAGAAGAAAGUUUAUCUUGAGAUUGAAGUGAAGGUGAGAGAAAACUGGCGACAAGAUGAAGGGCUUCUCAAGAACUUUGGAUAUGGGGGACAGAUACGGGUUCUUUAAUGUGAAGAUACAUAGAAACGUUCGUCAGACAUCAAUCGUAUUUAAGAUCAUCUUGCUAAAGGUGGCAUCAGAACUUGAAUAGCAAGAGAUAUUGAUUGACGCUGCCUCCUUCCUCACCUUUUAGCCAUGUCAAGUGAUCCCCUAUAGUAAAAAUGGGGAUCACCACUGACGACCAAAACAGUUAAAAAAGAAGGAAGGAAGAAAAAGAUCUGACUUGGAAAGAAAUUAAUGGUGAUACAGCGCCCGCAUGGUAGUAUAUUAAAUAGAGAUUGCAGAGCAGGAGAGUUGAAAUCGAUGAAUCAGGGAUUCAACAGUUUCAGGGGAACUAUCCCAAGACCUGUUUUUUGUUCCUUUGUAAUGAGAUACAUGAUAAUAGCAGCCUCACCUAAAAUUUUAUUCUGGAGUUUUCUUUUUCUUGAAUCUAUUUUCCUGUUUCAUGUGCUAA